ACGGUUGGCAAAGUUUCUACUAGGCUGUACAAUUUUGAAGGAUCUCUAGGAUAAACAUAAUAUGAAGACGAGAGGUGCAAAGAAGCGCAAAUCAGGAACGGAGCAAGAGACUGAGUCAUCCAAAGAAAUAUCAAAUCAGAAAAAAGCUGUAGUUGAGUCUCAGCCACCAUCAUUAACGAAAGAACUGAUGUUGAACUUGACAUGUUCACAGGCUGCAGCCAAGUUUGUGCCAAAGUUUGGUAAGAAGAAAAAGUUUUUAUCUCCAGUGAACUCAAAUGAUUCACAGGUAGCUGAAGAAGAAAACAUUAUACCAACAACCAACACAGAACAGAAGAACAGUGCAUGCCCAGAGCCUGCAAAGGAUAAACUGAGUUGCCAUGGAAACACACACAUGGACACAAGCUACUUUGCCUGCAUGGAAACUAUUGCCACGAACGAGAACAGGUGUGAUCUGCAGAAGAAAUGUGAAGCUCGUGAGGAGACAGAGGUCACAGAGAAGGCAGAGGUCACCAAGAAGACAGAGGUCACCGAGAAGACGCAGGUCACCGAGAACACAGAGGUCACCGAGAAGACAGAGGUCACAGAGAAGACAGCGAUCACCAAGAAGACAGCGAUCGCCAAGGAGACAGAGAUCGAGGAGGCAAGCACAACCACUGAUAAUAACAGUAAUGUAAAAACUACUGAUCUACGCGAGAAGUCUAUCGAAGCAAGCUGCACAUCCUCACAGGUCUCAGCCGCGGUAAAACUGCCAGUUGUCUCGCACAUGGAAUGUAUGUCUACGAUUACUGAGGCUGAGCUUACACCUGCCACGCACGAGAUUUCUACGCCUCAUAUUACUGAUGCUGUGCCAGUGGCAGUUGUCUCACAGCGAACCGCUCUGUCUCACGUUCCUGAGAGUGAGCCUACAGUUAUUUUAUGCAGAGGCUUUAUGUCUCGAAUUCCCACGACUGAGGCUUCACUCCUCUCAUGUGGAGAAUCAAUGUCUCAGGUUCACGAGACAGAGUUGUCAGUUGUCCCACUGAAAGACUCACUUCCUCAGAUUGCUGAGACUGAGCCUCCAGUUGUCUCACACAGAGACUCCGGAUCUCUGAUUACCGAGCCCGAGUUGCCACACCUCUCAUGCAGAGGAUCCAUGUCUCAGAUUCCUGAGACCGAGUUGCGAUUUGUUUUGCACGAAGACUCGCUGUCUCAGGCUCCUCAGUUACUCACCAGUUUCCAUGAGCCUUCAUACUCCCCUCUACCAAGCCCUCAUGAUAUAACACCAAUAGAUGAACCCAGUGAUGAAGGAAUGGCAAGAAUAGAAGGAAACGGGUUUGCUCUCAGUGAUGAACAUGACAAGAAACCGUCCACCAUAAAAUGCAUUCCUUCCACGAACUCUGAGCCCCCUACACCUAUCUCAAGCACCCCUAUAACAGGUGCGGUAAGCAUUGAGGAUCCAAAAGCCAGGCUGGCAGUUGGCACUAUUUACACCCAGCCAGUUUCUGAAAACCCCAAGCAAGAGAUAAAUUUGAGAGAAGGGGUUAAAGAGCAGAGCAAAGAAGAGGAGCCAGAGGAGAUGGAGUAUAAUGACCAAGAGAAAGAGAAGACUUCUAUUACAGAAGAAGAAUUUGCAGACGUGUCAGAUUCCCAGCUGUGGGAGGCAGUUCAGGAUUACAUUGAACAUGAUAGCACCAGGCUAGAGGAUGGCUCUCCAUCUAAGAAGAAGAGUAUGUUACAUGUAACCUUUACUGGUUCCAGUGAUGCGGUUACAUCCACAUAUGCAGCAGCAGGAGCAAGUGGGUGGUCUGAGACACCCGGUCCUGCUGUUAUCCACAGCCAGAUGCCAUGUGAGACACUGGUGUCUACGGUUCCCCAGGUUGCAGUUGAUCAGGGGAGCUCACAGCUACACACAAUCAUCAACGAACUUCACAGCAUAAAUCAGAUGGUGACACAGUUGAGAGGAGAGCUUGCAGCCUUCAGGAAAGCUCGUCGUGCCACGUUUCCCCCUGCUGUGCAGAGCGUGCAUUCAGCCGACAGGAACAUGGCUCCACCUAGAGGGCAGCAAAGCAACUAUACGUUCCACACUAUGCGGUAGCUAGCUACUGCUUAACAUCGUGACCAGAUAAUUGAAGCCAUGAUUAAAAGCAACACUAUAAUCUAAUGGCAACAGUUGUAGACGUAAGCGUACUUACACCAGCUGCCACGGUUUUAACUGGCGGCGACAGACUAGCCUAUUGCAGCUGAAGUGGUUUGUAACUUGGGUUAUUUGUUAUUUGAAAUAGUUGUUUAUUUCUCAUAUGAAUAUAUUAUCUAGGGUAAGUUUGAUCAAAUAGGUAAUAAAAAUUAUGACAGAACAACAAUUAAUUUCAAUUUUUCAUACUCAUGCUCCAAACACUGGCACGAUCUAUACAGCUUUGAAAUCACCUUGGUCACUGGCAGUUUUACGACAAAAAUAUUCAAAUAUGAACAUGAUUUAGCAUGUAGGUAAAGUGUAGUUAUUUGAUUUUUAUUGAUUUACUGCAAAAAUAACUACAUGUUAGCGGAAAGGCACGAGCGUAACUUUGUAAUAUCAACGUACAAAUAAUAACUGGAAAAUAAAGUCUGAAGAUAUUAAA